UUGAGAGACCGGGUUAGCAUGAGUGUGCUAACUUUUGUUAAGAUAAGACUUGCACUCUUUUUCUGAUCCUUACUUGAUGCCACACUGCCCUCUCUAGCUGGCGGGACGGUAGUGUCCUCACGUCCGCACAGAUGAGCACGAAACCCCCUUUGAGUGCUUUUUAUUGUCUCUUAUCUGUUCUGUUUAAACUGCCACCUCCACUCCCAUUUCCUCUUAAUACUGGGAAAUAAAUUAAGGACUUUAUAUGAAAUAAACAGUGAAUAAUCUGCAAUAUGCAAACUAAUUUACUGUAUGUUCUCCUCUUGAUCCAGAAGUCGGGUUCCCUGUCCUCUGAGAUCAAAGACGUGACUGACAUAGCCGUGUGAAGAUUUACCAUCAGUUUAUCCUCCUUCAUUUCCUGAAAACAAGUUUGUUAUCAUUUUUCCUUUUCGUACUGGAGUGACUCAUGUAUUUUCUGUCGCUCUCUCGUAUAAAUACGAGUUUACAGGGACAUGUCUUCGGUGUAGACCAUCUCAGCAUCUGGAGGGCUUGGAGAUAUCGCUACUCAAGUGUUUUUUUUUCACAAAUGGGAGUUAUCCUCUUUGUUUUUAUAUAUCAUUUACAUUUUAAGUCAGUUUUAAGGUUUAUUAUUACAGUAUAUUAUAUUUGAUGAUAUUUUUACUUUUGGAUCCCACCUGUUUGUAUUGAAGCCCACCUGGUCGGUUCGGUCAAUCAUGCUUUUUACCAGUUUUUUCCUUUUUUUUGCUCUGUUUCCUCCUCUUCAUUGGUGUAUGUAUGUUCCUGAACAUAACGUGCUUCUGCCGUUCAGCACACAAGUCAGGGAACGCUUGCUCUACACAGAGAACAGAAAGCAUGGGCUGUUCCUUGAAAUGAAGCCUGAUGGCUCCGUCCGAGGGUCCCCAGCAAAGAAGCGCAACUGUGUGCUGAACCUGCGCUCGGUCAAAGCGGGUGAGACGGUCAUCCAGAGUGAGGCUACAUCUCUCUUCCUCUGCGUGGAUGAUAAAGACAACUUGAAAGGACAGCUGCAUUACUCUGAAGGAGACUGCACCUUUCACGAAGUGCUACUGGAGGAUGGAUAUUCUUAUUUUCUUUCUCCACACUCUGAUCGUCCUGUGUCGCUCCACUCAAAGCAGUCUGGGCAGAAACACAGUGCCCCACUUUCUCGGUUCCUCCCUGUUAUGGAUUAUCUGUUGGCAGUGAGAGAGGUCGGCCACAUACAGGAGGUGAAACAUUAUAUUAAGGACAUAAAUCUGGACUCUGAUGACCCACUAGGAAUGGGACAUCAGUCUCAAAUCCAGACUGUCUUCAGUCCCAGUCUGCAUACUAAGAAGUGAGGUCUGGAGAACAUUGGUUAUGGAGGCAUGCUUUACAUUAACACUGGACUGCCAGAUUUAAAAUGUUUUGUUACUGUAUUUUUUUUUCCCGAAACUGUAUUUAUUUGAACUUAUUUAUUUAUUUGUUAUGGUCUAAAAUUAUUAAAAUUACCUUAAAUAUUGUUAUAUGAAACAGCAUAUGAUUAAUUAAAAUAUGACUCUUUUAAAGACAUGAGAUAGCAGCUGGAGAAGAUUCCACUUUCAGUUUGUUUGUUCGUU